AUAUUAUGUCAAUCAAUAAAAUAAAAAUUGAUGAAACCUCGCCAAUAUAGGGAGUAAAAAAUUUAGCAAAUUAAAUUUCCGUUGCUACCCUCGCCGAUCUAGGGAGUGAACUUUCCGGCGAAGAACAGACUCCACUCUCCGGAUUAAACCUCGCCACCAAGUGAGUGAAAUGGAUCGAGGCUUAGAUAACGGAGCAGAAGCAGUAGUGAUUGGAGGGAUGGUGCUUGACGUUAAUGCUACCCCUGCCGCCGCUACUAAUCGAGGAACCACUGCUCCUGGAAAGAUUCGCUAUGCAUUAGGUGGUGUAGCAAGAAAUAUUGCGGAGUGCAUGUCAAAGCUUGGAGCAAAGCCUUACAUGAUAAGUGCUGUGGGAUUUGACUUGGCAGGAAAUAUGCUCUUGGAACCUUGGAGAGCUGCUGGAUUGUCUGUAGAAGGCAUCAAGAGAAGCAAGGAUAUUGAAACUGCUACAGUCUGCAUCAUAUUUGAUGGUAGAGGAGAACUGGCCGCUGCUGUCGCUAGCGUUGAAUCAAUUGAAAAGUUUGUUACUCCUGAGUGGAUUUCAAAUUUCAAGAUCAACAUAUGUUCUGCCCCUGUAAUGAUGGUUGAUGCAAAUUUAAGUCGUCCUGCUCUUUUGGCAUCUUGCCAAAUUGCAGCAGAAUGUGUGACUCCUAUAUGGUUUGAGCCAGUUUCAGUAACGAAAUCCAAAAGAAUUGCUUCCAUUGCCAAACUCAUCACAUACACCUCACCCAAUGAAGAUGAGCUUAUAGCUAUGGCAAAUGCUUUGUCUUCUAGUGAUAGAUUCUUACCGGUGCAAAAGGAUGGCAAGAGUGACAGGACUUCCAUUAAAUCGUUGUUUGAAAGGCUAAAGCCUGCAAUAUGGGUUUUGCUGGAGGAAGGUAUCAAAGUUGUAUUGGUCACACUUGGACCACAUGGGGUAUUCUUAUGCUUCAAAGCCGUAGAUGGCAUAAAGAAACACGACUCCUCUAAAAACAGCCCCUUUUCUUUCAGCAGAAAACUAUAUGAAGUUGUAAAUGUAAGUUGCCCACCAGAUAGAAUCUUAGGUACUCCCACGUCGAAGGGAAACUAUUACGUAACUGUACAUUUUCCGGCACUCCCUGCUUCUGUAGUGACACUUGUUGGCGCUGGUGAUUGCUUAGUCGGUGGUACGUUAGCUUCGGUUUGCGCUGGUUUAGAUAUAAUGCAGAGCAUAGCAGUUGGAAUGGCAGCGGCAAAAGGGGCCGUUGAAACAGAGAGCACUGUCCCUGUGGAGUAUCAAUUGGCCAGAAUUGCAGAUGAUGCGGGUGCUAUCUACUCUGAAGCAAAAGUUAUCUACUGUGAGUCAAAGUUAUGACAUGUUGGAUGGAUAACUGUGGUCAUGUUGUGUGUUUCUUGAAUCAUUGAUAUGUACAUCUUCAUUUGUGCUCUUGUAAUGGAACUAUACGUUUUUUCUUUAGUCAGAUGUCUCAAAAUUGUUGCAGUU